AUGGGUAUCCGAUUGCAUGUCCGCGCGUCCGCUGGGGAGACGAAGCAAAUUUCCAACCACUCCGCUCGUGUUCGGAUUAUUGCGUGCGGACACCGCAUGCAUCUGCAUGCGUGUUCGAUCCUGAUCGUAGAUCACGGUGAUCUCCGAAAGAGUAAGGAAUUCGAAGGCGGAGAAGAUGUGGCCAGGAAGAGCCCCUCUGGUUUUUCUUGGUAUUCUACUGCUGAGGAAGUCACCCGGGGAUUGGAUGGCUCCGGCCUCACCGCCAUCGUAACAGGGGCAUCUAGUGGAAUUGGACUUGAAACUGCCCGUGUACUAGCUCUGCGUGGUGUUCAGGUUAUCAUGGCAGUUAGAAGCUUGUCUUCAGGCAAUGGUGUCAGAGAAACAAUUUUGAAAGAGAUACCUUCUGCUAAAGUUGAUGUCUUGGAGUUGGAUCUGGCUUCGAAGGAAUCGGUUAGGAAGUUUGCUUCUGAAUAUAAUUCCCUUGAACUUCCACUGAACAUACUUAUUAAUAAUGCAGGAGUUAUGGCUACUCCUUUCAUGCUAUCUCAAGAUGGUAUUGAGCUGCAAUUUGCAACCAAUCAUGUUGGGCAUUUUCUGCUGACACAUCUUCUACUGGAGAAUAUGAAGAAAACAGCUCGUGACAGUAAAAUAGAAGGAAGGAUUGUCAAUGUUUCCUCUGAGGGGCAUAGAUUUGCUUAUAGAGAAGGGAUUCGCUUUGACCGGAUAAACGAGCGAUCAGACUACAGCACCCUUGGUGCUUAUGGGCAGUCAAAGCUUGCAAACAUUUUGCAUGCAAAUGAACUUGCAAGACGCUUUAAGGAAGAUGAGGUGGAUAUAACUGCAAAUUCUCUUCAUCCAGGAUCAAUUAUCACUAACCUUCUGCGCCACCAUAGUUUCAUUGAUUUUCUGUCUCGCACUCUUGGGAAGCUGGUUCUGAAAAAUGCUCAACAGGGAGCAGCAACAACAUGUUAUGCGGCACUGCAUCCUGAUGUCAAGGGAGUUAGUGGAAAAUACUUCAAUAACAGCAAUAUAGCAGAUCCAAGUGCCAAAGCCAAGGAUGCUGAUUUAGCCAAGAAAUUGUGGGACUUUAGCAUGGAACUCAUCUAAUCUUUGGAAGAUUUACAUAAAUACCAUUCCAUUCCUAUGUAUUUACAUAUUUACCACCUAUACUUCAAAUUUUACA